UGGAUUUCGUUUUGUCAUUGUUGUCUCUCACUGUUCAGAUGAGCCUACCAUUGAAGUUAUAGACUGAUCAUUUCUUUUUUAGUGGGCAAACUUACAAAAUCAGCUGGGGUUCAAAUAGUUUUUUCCCUCACUGUAUAUAUAAAAAAAAACUUUAUUAUUCCUGCUGAAGUGCAUUACUGUUUUCCUACAGAGCAGGACACACAAGCGCAUUAUCACUCACCCCCCCUCCACAAACACACCAGCAGCGCUCCCCCCGCCUCCCGCCAGUCCCCUCCUCCUGCAGCCUGCCUGCUGUGUGUUGGAUGGAGUAUUCGGAGCUCAGAGGAGGAAGAGCGGGUGGUGCUGAGGAAGAGGAGCCAGGUGAUGGUUGACUGAAGGUCCAUCCCAGAUUCUGAACCGACUCCAUGGGUGGACGGAGAGUCCGGCACAUCAGAGUGAAGAUUGUUUUUGUUUUCUUUUUUAGUAGAUGGAAUUAUUUUGGUAAAGGGCUGUGUGAAAACUGCAGAAACCUCCAGCUGGACGCUACAGAAGCCAUGUAGAAUGUUUUUUCAGGGAAUUCUCCAAGAGACCUCAUGCCAUACUGAUGCUACAGCUGAGCUGAAGCUGCAGCCAUGAAGCGGCAGACUCUCAGGAGACCACAUCGUCUGCAGAGACUGAUCUGUGUUGCUGUCAUAAGCUUGGUUCUGGUUCUUCCCGGCCUUGUGGGCUUGGUCAGCAGCUGCCCGAGCGCCUGCACCUGCUACGCCAACACAACUGACUGCUCUGCUGUCGGCCUUCAUUCUCUGACCCCCGUCGUGGAGAUGCUGGGCAGGGAUUCUCUGUCCCUCCGACUUUCCCAAAACAACCUCUCCUCCUUGGGAAGGACAGACGCUUUCAACCUGAGCGGAUUGGAGCUGCUGGAUCUCUCCCAGAACCACUUCUACAGCCUCCAGCCCGGAACUUUCUUGGGCUUCGGCGGCCUGCGCUGGUUAAAUCUUUCCUCUAACUACCUCGGCGUACGUCUGGCAGGAUCAGACCUCAACAGCAGCACGUUCGCGGGUUUGAGCAGCAAGGCUUUCAUGGGGCUGUGGCAGCUGCAGGGGCUCGACCUGUCCUCAAAUGCUUUCCAGUGGCUUCCGAAGGGCCUGCUGGAUGGACUGCAGAGACUCGCCUGGCUGUCUCUGGCCAGUAACCGUCUUGUGGCCCUGGAAAGAGGCCUUUUUGAACCUCUGGUGGGCCUGCAGCAGCUCCAGCUGGUGGGGAACCCCUGGGAGUGUGACUGCAAGCUGAGGGACUUCAAGCACUGGAUGGAGUGGCUGCUUUACAGAGGUGGACAGGUGGAUGCGAUGCAGUGCAGUGUCCCCGAUGAUUUGAAGGGCAGGGACAUCCGCAGUGUGCCGGCAGAGAUGUUCAUCCACUGCCUGCAGAGUCCCAUCAAGGAGGGGGUCCGGCACGCCGCCACCCGCCCCCCCUGCCCGCCUGGCAGGGUCAGCAGCACCGACGACUGUGUUCGGCAGCGCUACAGGCCUGUGAGUGUGCGCCGCGCCCACGGCACGCAGAUAGUGGCGGGCGUGGUUUGCGGCACUGUGUGCAUCAUGAUGGUGGUCGCGGCGACGUACGGCUGCGUCUACGCCUCGCUGAUGGCGCGGUACCAGAGGGAGAUUAAGAACCGCGGACAGCCUCUGAUGGCCGAGUGUGGAGCUGAGACCGACCAGGAGGACGGGCAGAUGUCGUCUCCUGACACCCCCGAGGCCGUGUCCAAAGAGGCCUGUGGCAUCGUGCACGGUUAUCGAAUCAGCAGCUUCUGACGGCUCCUCGGCACCCGCCAUCCUCCAGAGACACCCUGCAGCACCAGCACCCUCAGGACCGGGACCGGAUUGCAGAGCUGAUGGAGCAGACUGGACUCAGCAAAGCUGGAAUGCUGCAGCACUUGCUUUAAUGUAUGGAUGCUCUGUGAAUUGUUGUUCCCUGCUCUGCGUCUCUCAGCAAGCUAUUAAACUCCUCUGAAUCAGCAGUUGGGGAUUUCUGCACCUUCAGGCUCUUCCAGGGUUUAGUUUUCUCUGAGCAAUGUGAAUCUAUUCAGUCCAGAAGCUCUGGAUUGUUGCACAUGCUUGUUUAUCCCGACAAGCUGAAUGUUUGUUCAUGUUUAGUAAGUCUUCGUUUCCUUUUUCUGCAUAAAAAAGCAAACCUUGUCAAAGUUCUGCAGCACAUAAACUGAAUCCAGGGGGAAAGCUGCUUACUGUAAAAACAACCUCUACUGCCACCUAGAGGUCCAGCUUCCAGCAACAAGAUCCACAGCAUCAGAGCACAAAUUAAGCAGCUUAAAACAAAAGCAGGUAAAAAAAAUAAUGAUGCAAAGCACAAAGCAGCGAGUGAGGAGGAUAGAGAGCUUCCUCCAACAUGAUCUGUAACGUCUAAUGUUUUUUUUUGAUAAGGAUUCAAAGUCUGCUCACAAGACAUGCCUAGAAGAAUAAACUGUAUUUAUCUAAA